CAGCAACCCGACUCAUCCAACCGAACACACCGUGUUGUAGCGCUGAAGCAGACGACAUUGUACGACAGGAGAGUAAAGAUGGCUGCACAGUCGACUGGAAGUUUCAUUAAGAAGGAGAUCCUCUCUCAUGACCACGACCAUGCAGGUCCCCCUGAUGGUAGCCGAGUGGUUGUGGUGGCCGUUGAUGGGAGCCACCACUCCGAGUUUGCACUUGACUUCUACUUGUCGAACCUGAAGAAGUCCAACGACUACGUGGUCCUCCUCACCAGUCCGGAGAUGGAGGACAUUCUGAAGGCCACGUGGAGCCAGAGCGGGUAUACUGUAGACACGGAUCACAUUGCAAACCAUCUGGCCAAGGAGAGGGAGAAGGUUGAAGAGAAACUCCAUUUCUUCAAGGAGAAGAUGCUGACCAGAGAGAUGCGCGGCAAGGUUAAGGCAGUUUCGUCCCACAAUCCGGGUGACGCCAUCUGCAAAGGUGCUGAAGAGGAGGAUGCCGACUUCAUCGUCAUUGGCUGUCGCGGUCUCGGCGCCAUCAGACGCACCUUUCUCGGCAGCGUCAGCGACUACGUCCUUCACCAUUCCCACAUUCCUGUCGUCAUCUGCCGGCACAAACAUAGUCACGAGCAUCAUGCCAACAUCGGGCACAAAUGGAACCUGUGAUAGCAUCACUGUAUCCAUGGCCACCAGAGACCGGAAUAUGUGUAAAUAGUGACAUUUGACUAUUAAGAUUUAUAUCCUCACAAUACUUAUUGUGGAAUGUAUAAUCGGAUUAAAAUACGUAUACAAAAGUAUUAACUUGAAUAUUGGACCAGUUGAUGUUGUACCACCAAAUAAACCUGCCGAAUCGGGCCUGUGUGUGCUUCAUUGAGAACAAACUCAAUAAGAUAAGCUUUACACUACAGCAGAGAGUGACGGAAACCGAGAAGGACGUUUUUGAGGGAUGUAUUGGUGAAGAAAAAGAUGUAUUAUUAAACUUUUUUAAUUACUUGCA